AUGGCGCGCCCAAAUGGCCUUGACAUCAGUGCGUUUGAGACCUGCUUUUUCGAGAUCGAUCUUGCCAGCCUGUGCACCGGGUCUGCGAAUCUGUUCCUCGGCACCACCGAUGGCUUCGUUCACAUCGUAUCGUCGGCCUUCCGGGUUCUCCGAACGUUCAAGGCCUACGAUGCCGGCUCCAUUACGCACAUGAAGCAGAUCGGCGGGACGUCGUUGCUAGUAACCAUAGCAGAGGAUCUGCUGAACGAACCAGUAUUGAAAGUCUGGGCGCUGGACACCGAGAAGAAGGGUGGUGGGCCGAGGUGCUUGUCGACGGUGUCAGUGCAGAAUGCUAGGAGACAGUUUCCGGAUCUUUCCCAGGUGGCAGUUGGGUUUGCGAACGGGUCGGUGUCGAUUAUCCGCGGCGACUUCAUUCACGACCGUGGCGCGCGACAGCGGAUUGUGUUUGAGUCGGAAGAACCAAUCACGGGACUCGAAAUCCAGAAUGGCGCUAUCACCACGCUGUACAUCUCGACGACGAGUCGGAUCUUAACUCAGGUCAUUGCGGGGAGAGGACAGGGGCAACCAGCGCGUGUCCUAGAGGACUCGGGCUGUGCGGUGCGGUGCAUGACGCUGGACAAGGAAGGCGGGGAUAUUCUGAUUGCUAGAGAGGACGCCAUAUAUACCUACGGCAUACGGGGCCGUGGACCGAGCUAUGCCUUUGAAAGCCCAAAGACAUCCAUCAAUGCCUUUCAAGACUACGUGGCACUGGUCUGUCCGCCCAAAGCUGGAUCUUCAAAGACGGACCCGCUGCGGAAAUAUGGCGUCAAUCCGGCGGAUGAGAUCUUCGGGUCGACCACGUUCACCUUGCUUGAUACCGACCUCAAGUUCAUCGCGCACAGCGAAUCACUGUCCUCGCCGAUGAAACACAUCUUUAUUGAAUGGGGCGAUCUCUUCUUGCUCACGACCGAUGGAAAGAUCUUCCGGUACCGAGAAAAGACGCUUCAGCAGAAGCUGGAAAUCCUCUACGAGCGCAACCUCUACAUCCUGGCCAUUAAUCUUGCCCAAAAGAUCGGCAUUGACGCCCUGCAGCAGAAUGCAAUCUAUCGAAAAUACGGCGACUUUCUGUAUCAAAGGGGUGACUACGACACUGCCAUGCAGCAGUAUCUUCGGGCCAUUGCCAACACUGAACCAUCGCAGGUUAUUCGCAAGUAUCUGGAUACGCAACGCAUCCACAAUCUAAUUGAGUACCUGGAAGAAUUACAUGAUCAUGGCCGCGCCACUGUCGACCACACCACGCUUCUGUUAAAUUGCUACGCCAAGUUGAAGGAUACGAGCAAGUUGGACUCAUUUAUCAAGGCUCCUGGUGAGCUGAAAUUUGAUCUGGAAACUGCUAUCGCCAUGUGUCGCCAGGGCGGAUACUAUGAGCAAGCAGCCUACCUGGCUACGAAGCAUGGCGAAAACGACAUGGUCGUUGAUAUUUUGAUUGAGGACUCGAAGAAAUAUGCCGAAGCCGUCGAAUAUAUCUGGCGACUAGACCCCGAAGUGAGAACCACAGAGCUCUUCAAAGCUUAUUACACGGGCCAAUACCAGCCACGCACAGAGGUGGAAUUGCCUCUUGAGCCCCAGGCUCAGCCAACAAGUACUGUCCAAAGUCUUGCGGCUUUCCUCCCGCUCCGAUAUAUGACCGUCGGAACUAGCACGCGGUCUCAAGCCCAAGUAUCCGAAACGGCGGCCACGGAAGAUCAACUUGUAACACCAGCGCCGGACUACGAAGUCCCGAAGCCACGGACGGCCUUCUCUGCGUUUGUAGAUCAUCCGCAGGAAUUCAUCGACUUCUUGGAAACGCUGGUGCAGCAGCCUGACCUAAAGGAAGAGUCUAAGGUGGAUCUCUUCACAACACUGUUUGAGAUGUACCUGGACACAGCCAACAGCAAGAAAGAUGCCACAGAGAAGCAAGAAUGGGAAAAGAAGGCCAAAAAGCUGAUCGAGGGCAAAGAUAUCCCCAUCUCAACAUCCAACGUCUUACUCCUUUCCGACCUGUCCAACUUCCGAGAAGGCUCCACGCUCGUCCGCGAGCAGGAAGGUCUACGGCUAGACAUCUUCCGCUCUUUCACUGCUGCCAAGGAUACCCAGGGUGCCAUCACGGCACUACGACGGUACGGGCCUGAUGAGCCCCAGCUCUACAUUGACGCAUUGACGUAUUUUGCUUCGAGCCCUCAGAUCCUGGAGGAAGCGGGCGAUGAGCUGGACGCGGUUCUCCGACGCAUUGACGAAGACGGUCUUCUCUCACCGCUGCAAGUGAUUCAGGCACUGAGUAACAACGCCGUGGUAUCGAUGGGCCGCGUUAAGAAGUACCUCAGCGAGAACAUCGACCGUGAACGCAAGGACAUCAACAACCAAAAAGAACUCGAAUCCCUCUCCACCCAACCCGUCGUCUUCCAAUCGCGCCGCUGCCAAGCCUGCGGCGGGUCCCUGGACCUACCAGCCGUGCAUUUCCUCUGCAAACACUCCUUCCACGAGCGGUGUCUCAACAAGAUCGACGACGACGCCCAAUGCCCCGUCUGCGCCCCGACUAACGACACACUCCGCGCCAUCCGUCAGCGGCAGGUCGAGUCUGCAGAUCAGCAUGAUCUGUUCCGGGGGAGCUGUCGCGCUCGCGGGAUGGGUUUGGCGUUGUGA